AUGCUUAAAAACAAUAAUGAAUUUGGAUUUAAAGUAUUCUGUAAAAAACGAUGUUAUGAAUUUCCUAUAAGAGAAACCACAGAUAUUUCAUAUGUCGAAGAUUACGAAGUAUUUCAAAUUAUUUGUAAUGUAAAUAAAAAGACGGCGAGAAAUGAAAUUAAAAAUGAAAAGAUGAACAAUGUAAAGACUAAUAAUGAAAAUGUAAAGAUGAAUAAUGAAAAUGUAAAGACGAACAAUGUAAAUAUAGAGACAGUUGAGAAGAAAAAUAAUAAUUAUUAUACAGAGAUAGUUGAGAAUGAAAAUAAUUAUUAUUAUGAAAAACCAGAAAUCACCAACACUUCAAUAAAAUUAGAAAAAAUUCCAAUGGAAAAAUUUGAUCAACUACAACAACAACCAACAUCCCAAAAAUAUAUUACAUAUUUUGAUUCAAUUGAAUAUGAUAAAUAUCUUUUGGGUAAAUCAUACUUUGAUGUUAAAGAAUUUGAUAGGGCAACAUUUGUAUUGGAAAAAUGUAAAUCUGCAAAAUGUAGAUUUUUGAGAAUUUAUUCUAAAUAUUUGGCUGGAGAAAAGAGGAAAGAAGAAGAAAGAAAAGAUAUUAUGGGACCUUUGGAAAAUGAAAAAAGCUUAAAUAAGGAAGUUCAAAGUUUAUGGGAAGAAAUGGAGUCAUGGCGGAAAGAAGAAGAUUUAGAUGGAUUCUUAACAUAUCUAUAUGGUCUUCUGGUAAAACAAAAGAAUCCACAUGCAAAAGAUCUCAAAGAUAUUUUUAUAGAAUCUGUAUGUAAAUAUCAGUACAAUUGGAGUGCAUGGUUAGAAUUAGGAAGUUGUAUCACAACUAAAGAUACGUUGGAAGAAAUUUGUUUACGAUUACCGGAUACAUUCAUGACAAAAUUUUUUAGAAUUUAUGUAACAGUCGAAUUAUCGGGAACACCUAAAUCUUUUAAAGAUUUAGUUGAUCAUGAUUUAAAAGAAAAUUUUGCCAAUAAUAAAUUUUUGCAAACACAAGAAGCUAUUAUAGCUGAAGUAAUAUUUGAUGAAAUAAUUAAAUCCGAUCCAUAUCGAGUAGAUGAAAUGGAUGUUUAUUCAAAUAUUUUAUAUGUGAUGGAAAGAAAAAUUGGAAAAUUGAGUUAUCUCGCUCAUAUGUGUACAUAUACUGAUAAAUAUCGUUCGGAAACUAUGUGUGUCAUAGAAAUCAAUGCUAAAGAUUAUCGAGCAUGGUGUGGUCUAGGACAAACAUAUGAAAUGUUAAAGAUGCCAUAUUAUGCAUUAUAUUAUUAUCAACAUUCAUCAGCCAUCAGACCAUCUGAUGCAAGAAUGUGGACAAGAUUGGCUGCACUUUAUGAACAAACAAAUGCUCCCACUGAAGCAACUAAGGCUUAUACCAGAUCACUCUCUUGUACUGAUAUUGAUGUAAAUUCCGAAACUCAAGCCAUAGUUAAAUUAGCUUCUCUAUACGCUAGUUUAUCAACAUCAAUAAUAUCGUCAUCUUCAUCUUCUUUUUCGGUAAAUUCAAAUAAAGAAAAAGCUGCUCAGUUUUAUACUAAAUUACUUGAGAGACAAGAUGUUCAUCAACUCAAAAUAUGA